AUGGCUGAGAACGGAGCUCAACAAUUCAACCAAGCCGAACUUCUAGGCCAGAUGGCCGAACUCCAAGCAGAAGUCCAAAGACUUGCUGAACAUUCCACACAAAAUAAUGCAGGAAAGCAUGAAGAAGGUAGCUCCAAAAGCUCGGCCCUGGGGAACUCAGAUCCUUUAAGCAUCACCCCGCCAAAGGAAAAGCUGACGCUGGAUAACCCUUUCUCCGAAGAAAUCACAAACUUCAGGAUGUUGAAGAAUUUCGUGCUGCCUAACUCCCUGGAACCAUAUAAGGGGAUUGGCGACCCCCGAGCUCAUAUAAAAAAAUUCCAGUCUAUGAUGUUCUUUAACGGCGCUAAUAAUGAACCUAUACUUUGUCAAUCUUUUCCCACUUACCUUGACGGUGCUACUCUACUUUGGUUUUCUAAAUUAUCUGCAGGAUCAAUUUCAUCCUUCGAGGAUCUGGCGAGGUCUUUUAUCGACUACUUCGCCGCCUCAAGGAUUUACGUCCAUGGAUCAGACUACCUCGGGACGAUCAAGCAAGGACAACAUGAAAGCCUUAAAGACUACUUAACCCGAUUCGCCGAGGCCACCAUGGAGAUUCCAGAUUUGGACCCUAAGGUCCACCUGCACGCGCUUAAGACAGGCCUCAGACCUGGGAAAUUCAGAGAAACAAUUGCAACUACUAAACCCAGGUUGUUGGAAGAAUUCCGAGAGAGAGCUGCAGGUCAGAUGGAGAUCGAGGAAUUACAAGAAGCUCAAAAAACGGAAGAACAGCCGACAAGAAGAGAGGAAGAGAGGACAUUCAAACCGCCGAGCAAAAAAGAGCAAAAGAAGCCCUUUAAGCUCACACCAAAGUUCGAUACCUACACCAGAUUCAAUACAAAGAGGGAGAACAUAAUCAAGGAAAUCCUCAACGCCAAAAUAGUCAAACCCCCCGCCAGAGCAGGAAGCUAUCAAGAUCAACGGUUCGUGGACAGAAGUAAGCACUGUGCCUUCCACCAGAAGUAUGGACACACGACGGAUGAAUGCUUAAUAGCCAAGGACCUGUUGGAAAGGUUAGCUCAGCAAGGGCUCCUAGACAAGUAUGUCGAGGGACGAAAAAGCAGGGAAACCAAAAAGGAGCCAGAAGAGCGAUCAACAGAGAAAGAAAAAGGAAAAUGGACAACAAUAGACCCCCCAGGGGGAUCAUAA